AUCCCCCAAUUCUUUUUUUUUUUUAAUCAAUGAAAAACCCUAAUUAUCGUUCUAAUUAUUAUAUAUAAUAAUCAUUGUCGAUGCAUGAACAAUAUAAUUAUUCUGUUGAUCCGUAUUUAAAGUACGCAAUCACAGUAUUUUGUGUUAUUUUUGGCUUGAUUUUUUUAGUUAAAAAAACAGCUUAUAAAUACUUUGUUAUUCUUGAUCACCAAGAUUCCCCAAAUUGUAGCUCCAUUGACACUGAUUCAUCUUCUUCAAUGCCGGGUUUCGUUUCGAGUGGCGAAUCUUGUGCUGUUUGUGGUAGCUUUACGACCAAAAAUUGUGCUCGGUGUAAAACUGUUAAAUAUUGCUCAGUAUCAUGUCAAACAUCUCAUUGGCACUCUGGGCAUAAGGAUGAAUGUAAGGACUUUCGGCUGCCCUGCAAAUCAAGGUUGCAAGGGAGACGGAAUUCCACUACAGUUGCGCUAUGUCCUGGCACUGGGACACCGAAACAGAUAAAAAAGAUCCUUUUUCCUUACGAUAAAUUUGUGGAGCUCUUUAACUGGAACAAUCAAGUCUUUCCUCCUUGUGGGCUUCUUAAUUGUGGAAACAGCUGCUUUGCCAAUGUAGUUUUACAAUGCUUAGCUUACACUCGACCACUCGCUGCGUAUCUGCUGGAGAAAGGCCAUCGAUCGGAAUGUCGGCGAAAUGAUUGGUGUUUCCUGUGUGAACUUCAAACUCAUCUAGAAAGAGCCAGGCGAAGUAAUAGUGCUUUUUCACCAGUCAAUAUUUUGUCACGUUUGCCUAAUAUUGGAGGCAAUCUCGGUUAUGGAAAACAGGAGGAUGCUCAUGAAUUCAUGAGGCUUGCUAUCGAUACAAUGCAAUCAGUGUGCCUUGAUGAAUAUGGCGGGGAAAGAUCCUUGCAUCCCAGUUCUCAGGAGACAACUCUUAUUCAUCAUAUUUUUGGGGGUCGUCUUCAAUCUCAGGUGAUCUGUACGAAAUGCAAUAAUGUCUCGAAUCAGUUUGAAAAUAUGAUGGAUUUGACUGUUGAAAUCCACGGGGAUGCUGCAUCUCUCGAGGAAUGCUUAGACCAAUUCACAGUCAAAGAAUGGCUUGAUGGAGAUAACAAGUACAAAUGUGAUGGAUGUAAUGACUAUGUCUUGGCAUGGAAACGAUUAAACAUACAUACAGCUCCUAAUAUUCUUACCAUUGCAUUAAAAAGGUUUCAGAGUGGGAGAUUUGGGAAACUUAACAAGAGGGUGACAUUCCCAGAAACAUUAGAUCUUAGCCCUUACAUGAGUGAAGCUGCAGAUAGCAAUGACAUAUACAAGCUAUAUGGAGUUGUUGUACAUGUGGACAUGUUGAAUGCAUCAUAUUUUGGUCAUUACAUUUGCUAUACUAAGGACUUCUCUGGAAACUGGUAUAGAAUCGAUGACUGCAAGGUUGAAGCAGUUGAACUGGAUGAAGUGCUCGCACAGGGAGCUUACAUGCUUCUGUAUAGUAGAGUGUCUGCCAGACAAUCAUGCUUCAAUCCUAUCAAGAAAACUUGUAGAAAAGAGACCCUUCAGACAUCAAAUGUAUCCCAAGAAAAGGCGCCUAAUGUAACCCUUCCUGUUGACUGCUCAUUGGCUGCAGAAUCGGCCGAUGCUACUGCAAAAUGUGGUACACUGAUGCAUUCUAAUGAUUUAUCAGCAAACGUUUCUACAUCUCAAAAUACAUCUGAUAAGGCCAUCGAGAUGUAUGCAUCAGAUUCAAGUACAGAGUCAUCUGUUACAUGCGAGAAUGGAAAUUGUAGCAAUGAUGGUCUGGUUGCUAUUGAAGAAGCCACUUUGCCUAUUGACGCUUCUAAUUGUCUUACUGUAAAUGAUAAUGGAAUAAAUCCUGCUUCCAUUCAGAGCGAUAUUGACGAUAAUAUUAGGAGUACAAUGGAUAUUUUAAAUUAUAAUUCAACCAACGGUGAAGAAGUUAAUGGAACGGAUUCUCCAGAUCUUGGAUGUAAGCCCAAGGAACCAGAGUCCACUUUGAGCUCUACUACAGUAAAUGCUUCUGUGAAACUGGUUAAAACGAUAUCUUCUGCUGCAAAAGAUAAGCCACUUUUUCGCCCAGGUUUCCUUGGGAAACGACCACGACCAAGGAAAAUCCCCAACAACAAGAAAGACGAAAAGGGCCUUGAAAGUGUACAGGUCAACGGAGAUUUGAAAUCUAGUUACAUGAACAUAGAUAUAACGGAGUCAAAUAAUGAACCCCUUGGAGUCGUAAAUGGUGGAGGAUCCAAUGAAGUUGUAGGAAAGGAAGAUGUAUAUUCGGGUUAAUAAGGUUGGAAGCUAACAUAGUUAAAUUGAUCAAUGAGAUAGUUAAAUUGAUCAACGAGGUUCCUGUGUUUGAGAAAAAUUGGGCAUAUGUAAGUGUCUCAGGGGCAGGGGAUGGAUGGUGAUAAAUUGGCUUUUUUAGGGCGAGAAAAUAGCAAUACCGACAGUACUGUGGUAGUUUUGUGGUGCAUUCAUUUGAGCCUAAUUAUUUGGUUGUAUUCUUAAAGAAUAUGGUCCUUUUUCCCAUUUAAAGUGAAUAAAAACAUACUCUAGAAUGACAUUUUUAUUGCCA